GAGCGGCGGCGCGUCCCUCGGGGUCCCAGCCCCUUCGGGAGCCUCAGCACGACGGAGAGGGCGGUGGAGCACCGGGCCAAGGGCCGCGCCCCCAUGAAGGAGAAGGAGGCGGGGGCGGCCGGGGAGCGGGGCAAGCCGGCCACUUACACCGGGGACAAGAAGGCGCGCAUGGCGGCCAAGACCAACAAGAAGUGGGUGCGCCUCGCCACCGUGCUGGCCUACGUCCUCUCCGUCUCGCUGGCCGCCAUCGUGCUGGCCGUCUACUACAGCCUCAUCUGGCAGCCGGUGCGGGGCGGCGCACAGCCGCCCGCCCAGAACCAGCCGCAGUCGCCCGGACCGGCCACCGGCCCCGACCCCGGCGCGACGGCGCCCGGCAGCGGGAAAGACACGACGGCCUCGACGCUGAGCGGCGGGACCGCCCCCGACGCCCCGAGGAGGCCCGGCCGCGCCUCGUCGCCGUAGGGACCCGGCCCGGCCCGGCCCGGGAGGCCGUAGGCACCCAGACCCCUCGCCGCCGUGCUGCGCCGGCCGCAUCCUGACCGUGGAUUACCGGGAGCGUCGCGACCGAGAGCCCGUGGCCGCCGGGCCAAGCAGGGACCCUGGACGCCCUCAGGGACGCCGCCCUCGCCCUCUGGCCGUCGCCUGCCCCGGACGGAGGCCCCGCCGCCCGACCAUGCACUGCGACCCGCAGCGGAGUGGAGACGCUCUUUUCUCGCCUUGCAAAGCCUUGGCUUCCCGCUCCGUGGGACUCGGGCAGGGGAAACUGUAAUGUUUUUAGUUUUUACAAAUGCGCUUUAUUAAUUGGUAACUAAUGUGGGCCGGGGGAGCCACGUGGAAUGGAGCUCAGGUAUGUCUGCCCAUCUGAAAUGUAUCCUUUGUAUCCUUGUGUAUAAAUUCUUUGUAUACAGAUGCACUUAGUUAACGCAUAGAGAGGAGCUAUAUAAUCGAUAUUCUGAACACUCACACACUCACAGACACAGCAGAUGCUGAAUGAUGUUUCAAGGGCUAUUGGGGAAAGCUUGCUCGGGCAGUCACAGCUAACCUGCCGCAAAAAGGGGUAGCACAUCCCAGAACCCCAGGUGGCAGGGCCGGGUGACCCUGAGCUUUGUUACUGCUUGCUUGGCACAUACUCUGUUAACUGUUUAUGCAGGAAAGAGGUGCUGGAUCCAAUCUUUUGCUGUAAACAUGUCUGAAAGGAAUCUAUUCCGUUUCUCACUUUACACUCUGGCCUUAGGGCUAUAUGCGACAUUACAGAGUUAACCUUUGCAUCGUUGGCUCCUGCCUUUUCCCAGGCAAAGGCCAGCAGAUUUGACUCUCACUCAUCAACAUCCCUGCUCUUUCAGCUGCGCCCUUAAAUUGCGAGAACCAAGCCGCUGGAUCUCAGCUUGCUGCCCGGGUGCCAUUCCCAAUUUGUUGUGAUUUCACCCUUCUGACUGCAGGUGGCUAGCUUCUUCCUCCCAGCAAUGAAUGGGACGGGGAAGGUGGAAGCAGCUGCCCUGUGGUUAUGUUUUUGUUUUCGGGGAAACCCCAGACCACCUCUCUGCUCCUUUGUUGGGGAUGUAUGGAACUCCUGCACAAGUGACCAGGUGAAUGGCAUUCUAAAUGUCCUGCUGCCCAUAUUUCAGGUAUAGACAGAACAGUGGUACAAGCAGCCGUUCCACCAUCCACUCAUUGGCAGAUGAAGGAGCCGGUGCAGCCACCCUCAGAUACGCGGUGGAAGCUUCCUCAGCCUCUUCUCUUGAACCUAUGGCAGAAGCCGGUUCUUUUCUCUUUCAUCCUGCACACUGGAAGUUUAAACUGUGUUGGUCUCUGAGCUGCCAACAUGAAUGAUUAUGUUGGUAAGGAGAACAGAAUAUGGCUUAAAAGGUUGAUACUCACUGCAUAGCUGAAAAUAAGACUUACUUAAUUUAGGCCCAUUUUAAAAGGCUCAUACAGUUGUAGUUGUCGAAAUGUGUUUGAGAAGAAUCUGGCCAUUACCAUCGAGGUGAGGCGACAGACCCUUAUCAAAGUUGUUUUGUACACUGCAAAUUUGCACACUGCAGGCGAAUAAGUGUUGGUAUUGAAGAGCAUCUACUACAUGAACACCGUUGUGGCUCCAUGAACCUUAAUGUAUCGAGUGCAAAGGAUGCUUCAUCUCAUGCCACAAUAUAGUUAUUAGCCUCUCAAGUAAGACUCCUUGUUUUUUUGUUGGAACUGACUGACUCAGCUGCCCCUUGGGAGCCUGCACAUUGUCAUGUGUCACGCAUGGGUUUUUUCUGCUGGGAAUACUCUGGACUGGGAAACUGCUCCAUACAUCAGCUGCUUGAUCUGUGAACUUGCAGCCAAAAGGAGAUUGAUUUCUCCAUAGGAAACUGUAAUCUGGGAAGUAGCCGCUAUGCAGCAGCCAUAAACGGGGUUUAAGAAACAUGCUUUGCUACCCUGUCCAGGCCUCCUCAGGUGCAGGCACCACUGACUUCAGUGGGACUUACUCCCAGGCAAAUGUGUAUAGGAUUGCAGCCUCAAUGGCUGUGAGCACUGACAGAAGCCUGAUGCCCCACAACACCAGUGAAACAGUUUGAUGAGGUUCAGUGGUGGGUUUAUUGCUCCCCACAUCCACCCUCCCUCCCUCCCUCCUUUUGAACUAAGCAAGCUUGCUAGCUACACCCUCCUGGUCAGCUCGAUCCACUGGCUGAAGUAGCACACUCAAAAAUGCAGAUGUUUUGCAACGGAAGGAUAUGACAGUGACCUCUGAUGGAUGUGUUGUGUGGGAGGGCCACAAGCCUUCAAGAAAAAAUGCAAGACACACUCCCCUUUUUAUUAAUUUACUCAAAUAGCAAAAUAUGUACCCUUAGAGGGAUUUCUGGUAUAUUUUUUGAUAUGUUGUAUAGUUAAAACUGCUAGUCCGACAUUUUGAACAUGUAGGGACAAAUAUAUGAUAUUCUGAAUGGUUAAACUCUUGGAAAGAAUAAAACAGAAUUUUGCAAAAUGGCUUUAAUAUUGGGCUGACAAGCUGCUAGCCCUCUGUAUGGUUGUCACUGAAUGUCAGACUUGAAAGGGUUUAAAUUUAAAAGUUGUAAAUCUGCUCAAAUGUUGUCUAUAUCUAAUUCAGCCAUGUAAGCUACGUCUGUAUUCAGAUGUUCUGUAUAUUUUUUAAAAAAAAUAUUUUUAAGGUGAAAAAAAUACAUUGAAAGAUUUCUGCCUAAAA